GAAUCAAGAAUCUGAGAGCGUCACACGAGAUCGCAGCUUACGUAUUUAUACAAAGCAAUGUCGACUGUCAACGCACCCGGUUGGAUUAAUCAACAGAUUUUUAGUGAUCUACUUAAGCAUAAUCACAAUGAUUUUGAAAGUAUCGAAAAGUUUGAGUGCAACGCAGCGAUCAGUGGGGGUGAAAAUUAUUUGACAAUCGUGCUGCGCAUUGGCAUUGAAAUGCAGCUGAAAGAUAAAAGCAGCAAAGAGAUAAGUUAUGUAUUGAAAAUUCCAUUGGAUAAUGAUCGUGGCGAUGAGCACGAUUUCCAUGAAUUUUUCGUGACGGAGUCUGACAUGUAUGAUCGUCUCAUACCCGAAUUGGAGGAGCUUUAUACCAGGCACACAAAUCUCACGAUUCGAUUCAAGCCACAGCAUCUUAAGUUCAGCAAAAACCCGCCCAAAUCCGAUUACAUAUUGAUGGAGGAUCUACGCCCCAAAGGCUAUAUCAAUUUGGAGCGCAUUUUGGGCUUGGGACAAACCGAACUCAAAGCAGUGCUGAAAAAAUUGGCUCAAUGGCACGCGGCAUCCGCUCAAAGGGUGGCAGAGCUGGGAGACUACGAGGAAACAUAUCAGAAGAGCUACAUGAGUCCCGAGUGCUAUAAGUGGAUAGAACAUACAAAUAUAACAUUCAAUGUGCCAUUUUUGGAGUGCCUGCAGCAGUACGAAUUGGAUCCGGGGCACCAGCAACUGAUAACCAAUUACACAGAUCGCAUGACAGACUUGUAUAUGGAUUUUGGUCGCAUUGAUAAAUCCGAAUUUUGCGUGCUCAAUCACGGCGAUUUCUGGUGUAACAAUUUCCUUUUCAAAUUGAACUCUGGAGAUAUAGAGGACAUAUGUUUUGUGGACUUUCAACUACCGAAAUAUGGCACACCCGCUCAAGAUUUAUUCUGUCUAUUGAUGACGACACCAAACAUACACAUAAAGUUGGGCAAAUUCGAUGAUUUCAUAGAGCAUUAUCAUCACGAGCUUGUGGCGCAUCUGAACCUGCUAAAAUAUACCUCCAAAGUGCCCACACUGACGGAAUUGCAAAUGAAUCUACGAAAAAAUGGUCUGUGGGCAUUUGUAUGCGCUCAGCGAAUGCUGCCCGUAACACUUUACCCACCCAGCCCGGAUUCCAACAUUGGGAACUUCAUGGGCGACUCGGAGACAGCAAUGAACUUCAAGCGUCAAAUGCUGUCGAAUCCCAGCUAUAUCAAGCAAAUUAAACUCAUUCUACCCUGGCUCAUUGAAAGGGGAUACAUAAACUGAAUUGCGACACUGAUAUGCAUAUUUAUAAUUUAUACUAAUUUUAGUAUGUUAAAUACUUACGAAUUGUAAUUAAUUAUAUGAUAAAAAAUUUGUGUUAAAUAA